AUGCCUGUUAGUGCAGCCGUUGGAGGGUCGGACAUUGCCUAUGGCCCAGCAGGAUACAAGGGCCUAGUCAAGAACCCGUAUAUUCUUCUACAAUCUUUCUUUGCCAGUAUUGGGGGUUUACUAUAUGGAUAUGAUCAGGGAGUGAUAUCGGGUGUUCUUGUUAUGAACAACUUCAAGAAAACAUUCCCCCUCAUCGCCAGCAACUCCACCCUCCAAGGCUGGAUGGUCUCCAUCCUCACCCUUGGUGCCAUAUUUGGUGCCUUCAUCAACGGCCCCAUCGCAGACCGAUUCUCCCGUCGCUGGUCAAUUCUCUACGCCAACAUCAUUUUCCUCAUCGGAUCAGCCAUUCAGGCUGGCUCGAUAAAUAUCCCCAUGAUAUUCGUUGGUCGGUUCAUCACCGGUCUUGCUGUUGGAAUGUUGUCUAUGGUUGUCCCGCUGUAUAUUGGUGAAGUGGCUCCUCCGAAUCUGCGUGGUAGUCUGGUUGCGCUGCAGCAGUUGGCGAUCACGUUGGGUAUCAUGAUUGCGUUUUGGCUGGAUUAUGGGACACAGCAUAUUGGAGGGACUGGAGAUGGACAGUCACCAGCAGCGUGGAGGUUUCCGUUGUCGUUUCAGUGUUUUCCGUCUGUUAUUCUUAUCUGUGCGACGUUCUUUCUUCCCUAUAGCCCCCGCUGGCUUAUGCAGACCGGCCGCGAAGAACAAGCGCGUUCUGUCCUCCUCCGCAUCCGACGCGUCCCAGCCUCCGAUCCCAGAAUCUUCCUCGAGCUAUCCGAAAUCAAAGCAGCCACUCUCUUCGACCAGGAAACCAGAGCUGCCAAAUUCCCACAUAUCCAAGGUCGGCUUCGACUUGGUUUCCACGAGUACAAGCAGUUGUUCGUUUCUCGCCAUCUCAACCGUCGUCUCAUUAUCGCUUGUUUUCUGCAGCUUCUGCAGCAGUUUUCGGGGAUUAAUGCGAUUAUUUAUUAUGCGCCGACGAUAUUUACUUCGGUUGGGCUCAAUGGUGAUUCUGUGGAUUUGUUAGCGACGGGCGUGGUGGGGAUUAUCAACUUUUGCUUUACCAUUCCUGCGAUCAUGUUUCUGGAUAGAUGGGGUCGACGAAAUAUCCUCAUGGUAGGCGCAGUGGGAAUGGGCGUCUCCCAGCUGAUCAUCGGCACACUCUACGCUGUAUACCAACAUAGCUGGGAGGAACAUACAAGUGCCGGAUGGGCAGCAGCAGCAUUUGUAUGGAUAUACAUCGCCAACUUCGCCUUCAGCAUCGGCUGCGUCAACUGGAUCAUCCCAUCCGAGCUAUUCCCACCCGGCGUGCGCUCCAAAGCCGUCAGCAUCGCUAUUUCAACAAACUGGCUCACCAACUUUAUCAUCGCCCUCGUCACACCCUACAUGCUCGACUCAAUCACAUUCGGCACAUUCUACUUCUUCCUCGCCUUCUGCGUGCUGCUCUUCUUCUGGGUGCUGUUUUUCGUUCCCGAGACGAGGGGUAUUCCGAUCGAGGAUAUGGACCAGCUGUUUGGGGGGAAUCAGGGACACGAGGAUCUUUUGCGAAUGGCGGGUAUAAGGGCGCGGUUGGGGAUUGUGCCUGAGAAUGGGAAGGAUCCGGAGGGACCUGUUGUUGAGGAGAGGGAGCAAUUGAGAUGA